CGCGAGUUCGACGACGUCAUCGGCUGCGCGCCAGCCCGCUUUAUAAAAGCACCGUAGCUGACGUCAGCGGCCUCUUUCCUGCCUGUCCCCAUAACGGUGGGCAGCGAUCCGGCUUGGCAAGGAAAUCCACAGCCAUCCGACAUCAUGGUGAACUUUACAGUAGACCAGAUCCGGGCAAUCAUGGACAAAAAGUCCAACAUCCGUAACAUGUCUGUGAUUGCCCAUGUGGAUCAUGGGAAGUCCACACUGACAGACUCUUUGGUCUCCAAAGCUGGUAUCAUCGCAUCUGCACGUGCUGGAGAGACCAGGUUUACUGAUACAAGGAAGGAUGAACAGGAACGCUGCAUCACCAUCAAAUCCACUGCAAUUUCUAUGUUCUAUGAGCUGACUGACAAUGACAUGGCCUUCAUCAAGCAAAGCAAAGAUGGGUCUGGUUUCCUCAUCAACCUGAUCGACUCACCAGGGCACGUGGACUUUUCUUCAGAAGUGACUGCUGCCUUGCGUGUUACUGAUGGUGCCUUGGUGGUUGUUGACUGUGUUUCAGGUGUAUGUGUGCAGACGGAAACAGUGUUGCGCCAGGCUAUCGCCGAGCGUAUAAAGCCGGUGCUUAUGAUGAACAAAAUGGACCGGGCAUUGCUCGAGUUGCAGCUGGAACCAGAGGAACUUUACCAGACUUUCCAGCGUAUCGUGGAGAAUGUCAACGUCAUCAUCUCCACCUAUGGCGAGGAUGAGGCAGGCCCCAUGGGUAACAUCAUGAUUGAUCCAGUGAUUGGCACUGUUGGUUUUGGCUCUGGGCUGCAUGGUUGGGCUUUCACCCUGAAACAGUUUGCAGAAAUGUAUGUGACCAAGUUUGCUGCUAAGGGAGAUGCUCAAUUGGGACCAUCUGAGAGGGCCAAGAAGGUGGAGGACAUGAUGAAGAAGCUGUGGGGAGACCGGUAUUUUGACCCAUCUGCUGGCAAAUUCAGUAAGACUGCAAUAACCCCUGAUGGUAAAAAGCUACCUCGUACCUUCAGCCAACUUGUCCUGGACCCUAUUUUCAAGAUAUUUGAUGCCAUCAUGAACUUCAAGAAAGAUGAAACUGCUAAGCUGAUUGAGAAGCUGGACAUUAAGCUUGAUAGUGAAGAUAAGGACAAGGAGGGUAAACCAUUGCUGAAGGCAGUAAUGCGUCGCUGGCUGCCAGCAGGAGAGGCACUGCUGCAAAUGAUUACAAUCCACCUGCCUUCUCCAGUCACUGCACAACGGUACCGUUGUGAACUUCUGUACGAGGGUCCUGGAGAUGACGAGGCAGCAAUGGGAAUCAAAAACUGUGACCCUAAAGCUCCUUUGAUGAUGUAUAUCUCAAAAAUGGUGCCCACUAGUGAUAAGGGACGCUUUUAUGCCUUUGGAAGAGUUUUCUCUGGCAUUGUCUCUACUGGCCUUAAGGUUAGGAUCAUGGGACCAAACUACACACCUGGGAAAAAGGAAGAUCUGUACCUUAAGCCAAUUCAGAGAACCAUUCUUAUGAUGGGUCGCUAUGUUGAGCCCAUUGAAGAUGUCCCUUGUGGCAACAUUGUGGGUCUGGUAGGUGUUGACCAAUUUCUAGUGAAGACUGGUACCAUCACUACAUUUGAGCAAUCCCACAAUAUGAGGGUGAUGAAGUUCAGUGUCAGCCCAGUUGUCCGUGUGGCUGUGGAGGCAAAGAACCCUGCUGAUCUUCCCAAGCUGGUAGAGGGGCUGAAACGAUUGGCCAAAUCAGAUCCCAUGGUGCAGUGCAUCAUUGAGGAGUCUGGAGAACACAUCAUUGCUGGGGCUGGGGAGUUGCACUUGGAGAUCUGCCUUAAAGAUCUAGAGGAGGACCAUGCCUGCAUUCCACUCAAGAAAUCUGACCCAGUUGUGUCCUACAGAGAGACUGUGAGUGCAGAGUCUGAUCAAAUGUGUCUCUCCAAGUCUCCAAAUAAACACAACCGUCUGUUCAUGAAGGCCCGACCCUUCCCUGAUGGUCUGGCAGAGGAUGUGGACAAAGGGGAUGUCUCUUCAAGGCAAGAGCUUAAGGCUCGUGCCCGCUACUUAGCGGAGAAAUAUGAGUGGGAUGUGUCUGAGGCACGAAAGAUCUGGUGCUUUGGACCCGAUGGCACAGGACCCAACAUCCUGGUUGAUGUCACUAAGGGAGUUCAGUAUUUGAAUGAAAUUAAAGACAGUGUGGUUGCUGGUUUCCAGUGGGCAUCAAAGGAGGGUGCACUCUGUGAGGAGAACAUGAGAGCAGUUCGCUUUGAUAUCCAUGAUGUGACUCUGCAUGCUGAUGCAAUCCACCGUGGUGGUGGACAAAUCAUCCCAACUGCCCGUCGUGUCCUAUAUGCCUGCCAAUUGACCGCUCAGCCCAGACUCAUGGAGCCCAUCUAUCUUGUUGAGAUUCAGUGUCCUGAGCAAGUAGUAGGAGGAAUCUAUGGUGUAUUGAACAGAAAACGAGGCCAUGUGUUUGAGGAAUCACAAGUGGCUGGGACUCCUAUGUUUGUGGUUAAGGCUUACCUGCCUGUAAAUGAAUCCUUCGGAUUCACUGCAGACCUGCGCUCCAACACCGGUGGCCAAGCCUUCCCUCAGUGUGUAUUUGACCAUUGGCAGAUUCUGCCUGGUGACCCCUACGAAGCAUCUUCUCGACCUGCUCAAGUUGUGGCAGAGACCCGUAAACGCAAAGGCUUAAAGGAGGGCAUUCCAGCCCUGGACAACUACCUGGACAAGCUGUAACUGAACUCUGGUGAUGGGCGCAGGUUCUUUGUGAUCUCUGCUCAUCCAGUCUUGUGGACUUGUUUAGAAAUUGUUUAAAUAUACCUUGCCAAAAGAAAA